GGCGGCGCCAUGGCGUGCGCGGGGCUGCUCACCGUGUGCCUGGUCCGGCAGCCCGCGCCCCAGCCCCCGCGGUCCCCCACGCCAGCCACCGGUUCCGCGGGACACGCGCUCUUCCAGGAUGUUUUCCGCAGAGCAGACAAGAAUGAUGAUGGUAAGCUCUCAUUUGAGGAAUUCCAGAAUUACUUUGCUGAUGGGGUUCUCAGCGCUGGGGAGCUUCGGGAGCUGUUCAGCGGCAUUGAUGGGCGUUCCACUGACAAUUUGGAAACCGAGAAACUGUGUGACUACUUCUCGGAACACCUGGGUGUCUACAGGCCUGUGCUGGCUGCGCUGGAGUCCCUGAACCGUGCAGUGCUCACUGCCAUGGACACCACCAAGCUGGAGUAUGAGCGGGCCUCCAAGGUGGACCAGUUUGUGACUCGCUUCCUACUGCGGGAGACAGUGAGCCAGCUACAAGCCCUGCAGAGCUCGCUGGAGGGGGCGUCAGAGACCCUGGAGGCCCAGGCCCAGACCCGUGGGCCACGGUCAGAUGAAGAGAGAGUGAAGGUGCAGAGCAGGCCCCGUGGCAGCCGGCGGGCAGGGCGCAGGGCCUUGUGGAGCGUCAGCCGGUCACCCACCUGGUCUCCUGGCUCCUCUGACGCAGUUCAUCCUGAGGGACCUCCCAGCCUGAAUUCCCCCAUGGGCUCCACCCCAGGGCAGAGUUCAGAGGCUGAGAUGCAGUGGCGGCUCCAGGUUAAUCGUCUCCAGGAGCUCAUCGACCAACUCGAGUGCAAGGCCCCCCUCCUGGAACCCCUACAUGAAGAGGAGCUUACCAAGGGACCCAACUCGCACAUCCUCGUGUCCCAGAGGCAGGUUCCCGUGGCAGAAGAAGCCCUGCAGGACUUCUCCCGGGCCCUGCACUGCUACGUGGACUUCACAGGGGCCCAGAGCCAUUGCCUGCAUGUGUCUGCUCAGAAGAUGCUAGACAAUGCCUCCUUCACCCUGUACGAGUUCUGGCGGGAUGAGUCCUCCUGGAGAAGGCACCAGGAGUCCGCCUGCAGUAAGGCCUUCCAGCGCAUCCUCAUUGACCACCUGCGGGCUCCGGACACCCUCACUACUGUGUUCUUCCCAGCCUCCUGGUGGAUUAUGAAUAAUAACUGAUCCUGACCUGCAUUAGUCAAGGACCCUGUGGCCCUGCCUGCCUCCUUCUGGAGCUUCGGGACGGUCAAUUCAGCAUCGAGACCAAGGAUGCUGCUGCUCCUAGACCUGGAGUCUGGCUCUCAGAGGCCUCCAAGACCAGCUGGUGGAGAGUCCUCAGUCCAGGGAUCAGGGACUGGUCUGCUUGCUUUCUAUUUCUUUAUUUAUCAGUGUAUUUUAUUGUUUGUAGCUUUGGUCUCUGAGGCACUCUGGCCUCUACCUGACUCAGAAGGCCUGGAUUCUGGUUC